AUGCUCACCAGCAAAUGUCAGAUCACUGAGGGCUGGCUACGACCACACACAUCUGAACCCCUAUCCCUCUGUCUCUCUGCUUCAGAUGCGGGUCUGGUUGCAUUCUGUAGCAAUGUCACCUCCUUGCAAGAAGAUCUGGCUACUGUUCCUGAGCUGGUGAGUGCCCUUUGUUUCUCCGGGAGUGUUGUCAUUUAUGAACGAGCUUUCUCAUCUUUUCCAGAACUUAAUCACCUGAGCAUCAACUUGAAGGCACCUGUUAUCUCACCCAGGGCUUUCCUGGGCCUGGACAAGCUACAAUACUUAUCAAUCCACCACUCAGAUACAGGAUGCAGCAACAGCUCCAUCCCAACUCAAGCCUUCCACCAAUUAGAGCAACUGCAGACUUUGAACAUGAAGGGCAUCUAUCUCACAGGACAGCGAGGGAUAAAUCUUCCAAGUCACUUAAAAUCGCUUUCCAUUUCUGGAUGCUGCUUAGACCAAUUUUCAGAGCUGUUCAGCAUUUUCCCAUCUUUGCAGUCAGUGCCUCACGUGUCUGUAGAUAACUGUGAAAUAGGGAGGUUUCCCCACUCUUUGUAUCUGAGGCAACAUCCUAACUUCUCAAGCUCUAGGGUCCCAUCUUCUCAAUCACAGGAAAGAACGGGUCUUUAUUCUCAGAACAAAAGCUCACUUCAGUCCCUGGUGCUGAGCCAUUUCCCUCUGGCACUCAGUGAGCUUCUAUCCUUAGAAAUAAAAGAACUUGAUGCACUUUCGUUGGAGAAGACACACCACAUGCAUGAGAACCAGACUUUUCAGGUCUGUGCUCUGGCCUCCCAUUUCUCCCUCCGAUCUCUGUCAUUUUCAUUGAAUUACUACAAAAACUUCAACAGUGAAGAGCUUCCUGGCUGCUACUCUGUGGAGAAUUUGGUACUUGAGGAUAAUAAAAUGGAGCAAGUAGAUCCCUUGCUUCUGUAUAAGCUCUUCUAUCUCCAGCUGUUAGAUCUUUCUGGAAAUAAUCUUUACUGGAACCUUUGCCCACUGCAGUAUGAGAAGAUGAACUUUAACUCCCAGCUGAGGAUUCUUGAUUUCUCUGGUAACAGAUUUAAAAGUCCCCAAUCUACUGUAUUCUCCUGA